AUGAACUGGGACUUUGUUGACUUCUGCCCUUCUGCUACUUCCUAUAUGAACGGAACUGAGACCUCCAUUGUGGCUUUUAAGAGGAAACCAAAUAUUUUGACAUGGUUUACUGGCAUCUUCAUAAAAGGAGUUAAUCUUCAUCGGAUUGGCUCAGACAUAAAGAAAAUUACAACCGAAAUUUCACAGCUGAGUUUGAUUAUACCAAGUUUUAACCUACACCAAACAAGGGAGAGUGGAGGUGACACUUUUUUUCAGAGGCAACAGGAACGGAGGAUUGCUUAUCCUCAUAUUGUCGACCCUCAUGUGGUUGGGUUAGCCCGGGGAACAGAGAUAUUGGCUACGCAUUUGAUCAAAGAAAAAGGACCCAGAGUUGUUUCUAUUUGGGGGAUGGGCGGAUUGGGUAAAACCACUCUUGCAAAACAAGUUUAUCAUCAUGGUGAUGUUAAACGUCAUUUCAAUUGUUUUGCGUGGGUGUGUAUCUCUCAACAAUGCCAAGCACGGGAAGUUUUGGAAGAAAUUCUGACUAAACUCAUUUCUCCUACCAAUGAGCAAAGACAAGAAAUUGCAAAACUGAAGAUUGAUCAAAUAGCAGAGAGGCUUUGGAAUACGCAAAGAGAAAGGAAAUGUUUGGUGGUGCUUGAUGACAUUUGGACCAGUGAUGCGUGGAUCUCUUUGCAAGCUGGAUUUCCAAUAAAUGAGGAAACUGAGAGUCGAAUUUUACUCACUACUCGCAACAAAGAAGUCAUUUCGUAUGCGGACAAAAAGGGUUUCCUCUUCGAACCACAGUCAUUGAAUGAUGAUGAAAGCUGGGAAUUGUUUGAGAAGAGAGCAAUGUAUGGAAUGGAAAAUACAAACCCUAAAAUUUAUGAACAGAAGAAAGAGCUAGGAAUGGAGAUGCUUCAACAUUGUAAAGGUUUGCCACUAGCCAUCACAGUGCUUGCAGGACUUCUAAAUAGAAAAGACACAGUUGAUGAAUGGACUACGGUGCAUAAGAAUAUUGAUGCAUAUAUAAGGAGAGGCACAGACCUUGGGUCCAAUUCCAUAGGUGAAGGAUAUGAAGGGGUAUCAUGGUGGUUGGAAUUGAGUUACGACUCUUUAUCAUAUCAUUUAAAACUAUGCUUUCUGCACUUAGCCCAUUUUCCAGAAGAUUAUGAAAUACCGGUGAGUACAUUGACUAAACUAUGGAUGGCAGAAGGUUUUAUAUCAUUCGCACCAGCGAAAGAAAUGGAAGAUGUAUCAUAUAGGUGCUUAAGUGAGUUGGUGGGCAGGUGUAUGGUUCAAGUUGGAAAACAUGGUUCUAGUAAAAAAAUCAAGACUUGUCGUCUCCACGAUCUUAUGCGAGACUUAUGCACGUUAAAGGCAAAAGAGGGAAACUUUCUCCAUAUUAUCAAUUAUUAUGCAGCUGCAGAGAUCAAGCCCACACCAACCGAUAGAGUUCGAAGACUUGCCAUUUAUUUGGACGACACGGUUGAUGCAUAUAGUCCGGGAAAAGAUGAAAAUUAUGGACAUGUUAGGUCUUUGUUAUACUUUGGCCACCACUACUGCAUGGACUCAAAGGUAUUACGGUCACUAUUCAAGAACUUCACAUUACUUAGAGUUUUGAAGUUUGAAAUUAUGUAUGGUAGAGAGUUCAAGUUACCAGAUGAAGUUGGGAAUCUAGUGCACAUAAGGUUUUUAAGUUUGAAGGAUAGUUUGAUUAAAGCGGUGCCAUCAUCUAUAGCAAAUUUGGUAUGUUUGCACACUCUGGAUUUACGUAGCAGGAAUAGGUGUAUUAAAAUUCCAAAUCGAAAUGUGUUUUCCAAGAUGGAAAAAUUGAGACAUAUAUAUUUACCCUCAGGUCACAAUGCAAGAGAUAAACGUCUGUUAUUUGCUACAGAGGCAAUGAAUUUGCACACGGUAGUCAAUUUUGGUAUUCAAGCAUUUGAUCUAGAUGAUUUUGUUAAACUAACCAACCUCAGAAAAUUGGGAGUUAUCAUAUUUGAUGGAGGGGAAAAAAAGGAGAAAGGGACAAACAUCGUGUUUAAGCAUCUCCAGUCUCUAUUGGUGGACUCUCAUUUGGAGGAUCUAGCAAUACCAUGGAACAUAGUAUUAAGUUGUCCUAAUAUAUACAAGUUGGGACUACGCGGAAAAAUCACAGAAUUACCAAAAGACCUCAUGUGCCUUAGGAACCUCACAAAGCUUACACUGAGGGAAUUUGGUAAUCUCAAGGACGACCACAUAAAAGUAUUAGAGAAGCUGCCAAGCUUGAGAAUGCUUUUUGCUUUGAGUGGGAAUUUUCCAGCACAUCUUAUUUGCUCAAAGGGAGGCUUUCCAUUUCUUGAAUUUCUUUCUCUUUAUUGGUUGAAUUUCAAAGAAUGGAAGGUGGAGAAAGGAGCCAUGCCUAGUCUCUGCAAAUUGCACAUUGCGCUUUGCUUUGGAUUGGAGGCACUUCCAGAUGGGCUCCAAUAUAUUACUACCCUCAAGGAAUUAACCAUCAAAGAGGUGCCUUCUGAAUUCUGUCGCCGGCUUGGGGAAGGAGGAGAGGAUUUUUACAAAAUCCAACAUGUGCAAUCUGUUAUUAUAACAAAUAUUGGGGCAUAA